AUGGCUCACAUUCAAACCCUCCCGCCAGAGAUCCUAGGGCGGAUCCUGGCUCUGGCUGCUGCACCGACUGACCCGAAAGUCCUGAUUUCUGACCCAAGCAGCUCCGUCCCCUCUCGAACCACCCUUCUCAACCUCUGCCCAGUCUCGGGCUACUUCCGCAACCUGGCCCAGCCUCUUCUCUUCCGUGAUUUUGUCCUCCAAGUCGAUGCUCGCCGCAUCGACGCAUUCGGUGGUUGCAAGCUCGUCGAAUUUACAGCGACUAUUUAUCGCUAUCCGCACCUCUCAAAUCAUGUGCGAUCGAUAAUUUUCCGGCCUUUCGCGAGUAACCUUUUCGACGCAAACUGGCCUUUGGAACGACAUUCUGUCGCGAAUAACCUUCUUCUCCACCAGAUGAUCGACGGCAUCGGGGCAGAUUGGAAUCUUGACAACACCAGCCAGAGUGACUACCCAAAGAUCGCCGCACUCCUGGCGUACGGGUGCCCACAUCUCCAGCAGUUGGCUCUACCAAUGGGAGGAGUGUGGAGAGAACCAUUUCUUACUUUGUUAGACCGGGACCCGUCAUUUUUGUCAGGCCUCAGAGCCUUCUGCGUCGAAACCGAGGAAAUGGAAUAUGGUGAGUGCUACAACAUCUUGCCGUACUACAAAUUUCUGUCUCUCCCAAACCUUUCCUAUGCGAGGUUCACAAAGGGGUUUCUGAUCAACUCCAGUUUCCCGGCUGCCUGCCCGGCUGAAUUGCCAGCACUGAAUGAGCUGCAUUUCAGACUUUGCAAACUGGACCGUGGCGCCCUUGACCGGAUCAUGAAAGCGUGCAAAGGGCUAAAAUCAUUCACAUACAACAAGUUCUCCCUGGUCCCUUUUGCCCACGGGCUGGAGCGCCAUCGUCUCCGCCGAUCGAAGAAAUUCCAUGCAACGCAUGCGGUCACCUUAGCCAAUGACCUGCACCGUGAAACCCUUGAACAUCUUGACCUCCAGUUUCCUCCGCAGGAUAUCGUGAACGCACUAGAAACUGGCACAAGUUUCCGGCUUUACCACAGGGCAUUCGCGGAUUUUUCUCGUCUCCGGAGCAUCACCAUCCAACAAGCAUUUUUACCCGCAGAAAUUACCUUCCCACCUUCCCUCGAGUCUUUUCACAUCACUUGCUGCAAGUCUUCUGUCGAAUCGUAUGUCGUGGGAGCAUCCGAGGGCUCCAAGCGUGGAAUGUUACCGAAUAUGAAACUAUUCAAGGUUUCCGCGCUGGAUGUGGAUCGACUGGUGAGUGACCCGGCUAUCCGAGGAAUCGGCGCUGUCGUUUUGUUUUUCAGACAGAUUUUCGAAGGGACCCAUGUAGUUUUCCGGAUGGACCAGCACCCGAGCAAAAGUUGGGACACCCCUUCUAAUACCGCCUUCCUGAAGUAG